AUGAGUAUGGACACGGCAGAUUUACUACCGCUACUGGAGCAGCUGGACGAUGGUGUCGACGAUUUGGAAGACGCCCUGCAGCCUCUGCUCGGUGGCUCCUUAAACAAAAUGUCUAAAAACAUGCCUAUACUGGACAAGGCCAAAAUUCACGUGCUUACAACCUAUGCGAUUGAAACGUUACUCUUCAAUUAUCUGCGGUUGAGAGGAGUCGAUGCAAAGCAGCACCCUGUAUGGCGUGAAAUCACUCGCGUGCGACAAUACUUCGACAAAAUGAAAGAGCUUGAGGCGGAACCCGAACAACGCACAAUGGUUCUGGACAAGCAAGCUGCUGGACGCUUCAUCAAGCAUGGUCUGGCCGGCAACAACAAGAUCGAUUUGGAGCGAGCAGAGAAAGAAGCCAAAGAGCGCGCGCGCGCCCAAGUCAAAGCUGCAUUGCUCGCUAAGAAGGCCGCUGCAUCGAAACCGGCGGACGAGACCUCUAGUGCUGUGCCCUCCACCGCGCAGUCGAGCGACAACUCCGAGGAAUCUGACGAAGAAAUGAACAUUCAGCAAGAAGAUGCGGCUAAAGAUUUCAAGACCGGGGAGGCAUUCAUUGAACUUGGCGAUGCCCAUUCGGGCAAUAAGAAAACCAAAAAGAAGCAAGCAAAAGAAGCCACAACCAGGGCGCGGAUCGAGAGUACGCCGAAGCAAGGCCGCAGGGCUACGAAGGCUGAACUUCGACGGGAGAAAAAAGAUCGCCGGCAAAAAAAAGAGGACUUUCGCAAGUCGAGGGGAGGCAAAUAA